GAAUGAACAUCAUCUGCCACCGAGAGCGGCCGUACGCUUACGGCGCAUAAGUUUAACUAAUUUCAGUGCCUCAAACCACUUGAAACUAUAAAUAAAUUAAAUGUUAAUGUGUAAGUGCAGCACCGCUACAAUGCCCUGAAGUGCAGCAGUGAAGAAAGAUUUCCUAACCAGGAUAAUGAAAGAUGCUCGAAUAUGAAAUAUAUGAGCUGAAAGAGGAACAAGUACGUCUUCCGCCAAUCAGCAGCAACAACGCCACCACCAACAAUAAAAUCCCAAAAACCCGUCAGAACCCGUACAUUUUAUUGAAGUCCGAAACUUCACUGAAACCCAAAGCUUCCACAGCAUCUGCAACAACUAUUGAAUCCGGUGAGUCGCCGCUGUCAGCACCAACGUGUUCGGUCAUUUAUCCAGAGGUACAAGAGUACAUAGAUCAGGUCGCACAGCCAAAGCAAGCAACCCAGAAAGAUAUCGAGGCUUUGCGCAAGCGUAAACGUACGCGACGUGUUUAUGUGGCAGAGUUGUCGCGUUGUGCCAGUCUAAGAUCACGGCAACCAACAGCAGUGAACCUACCAGCCAUACCGGAGAAAGCGUCGAGUCCAUCACCGACAGCACAGUCAUCGCCUACGCCCACGGAGGCUGCCGAGUGUCAUAAGUACAUCAAGUUAGAACAUUUCAAACCUGAGUUUUGGAAUCGCAUUGAAGAGGAGCCAGAGCCGAAAGUAACUGGAAGAAAGCGACGCGGAGGUGGCGCAGGUCUCGGCGGUAGAAAUCGCAAGCGUCGCACUAAGAUCGAGAUCGAUUCUAAUUUCUCAGCGGAGACAGCAGCGGCUAUUGCUGCAGCUCAAAUCGAGCUUGAUUCGAGCAAACCGGCGUCUCGAGCUUUCCGCAAACGCAAGCGCAGCUCCAACAUGUCGCUAUACGACCGACGGUAUCAAACAUCCACAGACGAACAGCGGCGCGUGGCCAAUGGCUAUGCGCCUGGCGGCCCUGGUCUGCGCGCUGGCAAUUCGUCCGUCACCGGAGACAACGACGCCACCGAGCUACAGAGCCAUCAGUAUUAUGGCCCAGCCGGUGGCAGCAAUUCGAGCGGCGCCAGCUCAAUCCCUGGGAGUGGACUAAAUGGCAGUGGUGGUACAGCAUUGAAUCAUGUGCCCACUAUGGGCACGCUGUGCAACAUUGGCAACACUUGCUAUCUGAAUUCGGUGGUGUAUACGCUGCGUUUUGCCCCGCAUUUCUUGCACAAUUUGCAUCAUCUGAUUCAGGAUUUGAAUGUGGUGCAGCAGGCGAUACAGCGUCAACAGAAUGCCAAGUCCGCCUCGCUGGGCCGCAACGUAAGCGGCAGCGGUGGUGCUCAUUUGGAGCACGCACGCAGCUGGAGCAGCAAAGAUCUGGCCACAACGGACCCUUACAACAGCACCAGCAAUGGCAGUGGCAGCAACGCCGCCAGCAGCGGCAGCAAGAAGUCAACACAUCAGUCGGUCAGUGAGAAGUUGCACGAUCUGUACAGCAGUCUGCAUGGCAAUGAGAUGGCCGACUCCAGUGAGCCCUAUCAUGCGGACACCCUGUUGCAUGCCAUACAGGAUGUCAAUGCUACAUUCGAGGGCAAUCAGCAACAGGAUGCCCACGAGUUUUUAAUGUGUGUGCUGAAUUGUAUACGCGAAACGAAUCAGUCGCUGAUAAAGGCCAUUGGCGAAUGUCCGGAAGUGAUUGCGAACGGCUACAUUGCCAAUCCUGAUGAUACGGAUACGGUCGAUUCCAUGGAGCGCUCCGAUGUGGGAAAUCAUGCGCUAAUGAGCGCUUCCGGCAAUGGCUCGAUAGCAACUAGUCAAAAUCAAAGUACCACAACAACAAAAACAUCAUUCUUUUCACGAAAAUCAAAGAGAAAAGAUGAAGUGAAAUCCUCAAAGGCGACACGAUUACAGUCACCGCUCAAGGAUAAUAGUCCAACCACAGCUGGCGGUGGCAUAGGAACCACACAUGUCGCCUCCAAUAGUCUCUUUUAUUUAAACACAGUCGAUCUCAGCGGUGCUCCAGCUGCUUCAGCUGCUGCUGCUACUGGUGCCAAUACCACAGCAUCAGCUGCAUCGACAGCACCCGCAAAAUAUUCCAGUGAUGAUGAAAUCAAUACGGCUAGUCUGCUCAAGGAUAAAAUGCGUCUGGAGGAACGCAUCCGCGAGCUGAAUAUCAACUUUUUCAACUCUGAUUUUGAAGGUAUUGUGGUGCUGACCACCAAAUGCCUGAGCUGUGAGACAAUUACGCGUCAGAAGCAAGGCAUGCUCGAUAUAUCAGUACCUGUGCCGAUUUCGGGCUAUGAUAAUGCCGAAUUGCAGGAGAAACCCAGCGCCUAUAUACAGAACUCUUGCAUUACGCGUGAAUACUUUCGCGGCGAUAACAAAUACAGCUGCAAUCAGUGUACGGGCUACACUGAGGCCAUACGCUCCAUAUCGUAUGAGGUGCUGCCCCGUCUACUGGUCAUCCAACUGAAUCGGUUCUCGGGCGGCAUGGAGAAGGUCAGCACAUAUGUGCCCACAACAUUUACGCUGCCCUGCUUCUGUGCCAAGUGCUGUGAGCUGAGUGAUGCCAACAAGCUGCACGUUUACAAGUUGUACAGCGUCAUAACGCAUGUGGGCGCCACGUUAACAGUGGGUCAUUAUAUAGCGUACACCUGCUUCUUGGACCUGGCCAGUGAUUACGUCAAUUGCCCCAAGGAUCGACGCAAUGCGACAAACAGCGCGCAGCAACAGCAGCCAGCGGCACCAGCAGCUGGCAAUGAGAACGCGGCGCCGAGCAAUAAUGGGAUUAGCAGCAUUGCCAGCUUACCAGUGUCAGCGGCUGCCUCGGCUUUGGCCUCGUCGGGCACCAGUUUGAUGAAGAAAAUGAAAUUUGGCCGCAACAAAGCAUCGAGCAGCGGCGACAUGAGCAAAAAUGUGAAGCAAGUGAACGGAUUCACCAGCAAGACCAUCACCAAUGGCAUUGGCAAGCUCAGCAUGAACACCACCUGCCAAGGCAUCAACUGCUGCGCGAUGCGCCUGUGCUGCAGCCAGCAGGCGAGCAUGGCGGGCAGCACUACGGCCAGCAACAGCGACUUCAGCGAGGAAUCCCUGCAGAAUGGCAGCAACAGCAAUCUCAGCUAUGGCAGCAGCACCAACAGCUGUGCUUCGUAUCCCACGGGCUAUGGCAGCACGGGGCGUGGCGGAGUGAAAGCCAACUAUGCGCAGGGCAACAGCAGCGAACCCAUUUGGUAUAUGUGCGACGACGACAAGAUCAAGGCGAUGACCCAACGGGAGUUUGAGGAGCUGCUCUCGCCCACGCGAAAAAUUACAAUUACACCAUAUUUACUGUUCUAUGCACGCUUCGAUUUACAGCCGGCGACGCCACAGAAGCCGAGCUCAUCAUCCACACCGCCACCACCGCAGCCAACGUCAGCAGCGUCGGCGUCGUCCGCAGCAGCCGGAGCAGCAGUAGCUGUGCCGGCGCAGCAGCUACCGCAGAGCUCCUGGUCAAAUGAUAACCUGCAAAGUGGCUUGCACAAGAUUUGAAAAGUUUUUGCGACGCUGCGCAAGGUCAUCAAAUGUAAAACAGAUGU